UGUAAGAUGGAAGACAAUAUGGAAGAGGAAGAUCCGGUUCGUGAUGAAUACCGGCAAGACUACGAUUCAGGACGAGGUGGAUGGGGUCAUGUUCGUGCUAAACAGGAAGCAGAACGUGCAAGAAGACAGAAAGAAGAAUAUGAAGCCAUUACCAUAAUCCCCGCUGGAGCUGCUGAAUACAAGGGCAAAUUAUCGAUUUCCAAGAAACGCAGUAGACAAGAGGAAGAGGAACAAGAGGAAAGUUAUGGUCAUGAGAAGGCUAAGAAUCCCCGUUUUAGAGAAGACAGGUCAGAUGACGAAGAUGAAAUGCAGACAGAUGUCUGA